GCGAAUGACGCGCUCGGGGUGCAUCGUGGCUGGGCGGCCGCGCGGCGCGCCGCUCUCCACGUCGGUCGUGUGCAUUUUGCCUCGCGGAGGGGCGGCAGACAAGGGGGGCAGAGGAGAGAAGCAGGAAGAAGAAGAAGAAGAAGAAGAAGAGGAGGAGGAGGAAAGUGAAAGAAAUCGCACCGCCGACGCCCACGAGCAGAGCAGCCGGGAGGCGUGGAUCACUCUGCACGAACGGCGAGGGUGGCAACGAAAAUCAAUCGAUAGAGGCAGCGGCGGCACCAAGCAAGUUGAAGUCCAAGCUGGGGGUAUGGCGACGAUCGACGGCCGGCCAGCGCAGUAUGGUAUUACCCUGAAACAACUCCGGGAGCUCAUGGAGACCCGGGGUAGUGAAGGGGUAGCCAAAGUAAAUGAAUAUGGGGGUGUACAAGAGAUAUGCAAAAAGCUUUACACAUCGCCUAGUGAAGGUCUCAGUGGAUCAGCAGUGGAUAUGGAACACAGAAGAGAGACCUUUGGUUCCAAUACAAUACCUCCAAAACCACCAAAGACGUUCCUACAGCUAGUAUGGGAGGCAUUACAGGAUGUUACGUUAAUAAUUUUAGAAAUUGCUGCUAUCGUUUCGUUGGGCUUAUCGUUUUACUUAGCAAGUGAUGAGUCAACACAAGAUAUAGAUGACGCUGAAGCUGAAGAUGAAGGAAAACACGGAUGGAUCGAAGGAUUGGCUAUACUUAUUUCAGUUAUUGUAGUAGUCCUUGUAACAGCUUUCAAUGAUUAUACAAAAGAACGACAAUUUCGGGGUUUACAAAACAGAAUUGAAGGGGAACACAAAUUCUCCGUUAUACGACAAGGAGAAGUGAAACAAAUAUCUGUUGGUGACAUCGUUGUGGGAGAUAUUUGCCAGGUAAAAUAUGGUGAUUUGCUCCCAGCUGAUGGUAUUCUCAUUCAAAGCAAUGAUUUGAAAAUUGAUGAAUCCUCAUUGACUGGAGAAUCCGAUCAUGUCAAGAAGGGAGAAGGUUUUGAUCCAAUGGUACUAUCCGGUAAGUGA